AGUCAAUAAACACAAAAAAGAAUAUAUAAUUCCAAAUUGUGAUAAAUGCUAUGAAGGAAAGGAACGUGCCCUGACAUGAAAGGGGAAACGAAUGUGGUCUAGGGAGUCAGAUUUUUCUGAGAAGAGAUCUGAAAAAGGAGUAAGUGGAGAGGGGGAAGAGCGGAAAGGGGCGUGCUGGAGGGUAGCGCGGAGAGGGACCGCAGAGGACGAGGCGGGAGAGGCAGACAGAGGGCAGGAAGCGCAGAGCCCCGCGGCUGCCGCAUUAGGGGAUGUGCCGGCAGUGGGGAAGCCGUUGAGGGGUCUAAGGCCAGAAGGUGGUGACUAAUCAGAUUUCACCUGAAAAUCUCACGCUGUCUGCAGUGAGGUGAACUGAUCGGGAGGGCCCAGCGAAUGCCAGUAGGAGCGAGCACCGGACCUGGGAGGCCUGGGUCAAGGCGGCCCCGCGCAGCGGCGAGGCAGUUCCGGCGCAGGGGCCAGGCGCGCGGCUCCGGGGAAAACCGAACCGGCCCACGUGGGCCCGGCCGCCCCGCCCCGCCGCGCAGACGCCGCCCGAUUCCGCAGUCCCCGCCUGGGGCUGGGCGCGCUGCCCGGGAGCCCCGCACCCACGCCUGGACCGCGAAGACGCCCAGGCCGAGGAACCCCUAGCCCAGGGACUGGACAUCGCCGGGGCCGGGUGGAGCCAGAGCCAGACGCGCCGGAGCCGGCGCCUCUAGGCCCAAGUGCCUAUAUGCAGAUAGCCUGGUUCCGAGCUCUAUGCUGGCUCUGGGGAAUGUAAUGCAGGAUAUAUAGAGGAGGUCCAAACCAGAUUACAAACUGCUAUUACAAGAUCAUUACAACAAAGCAAAAAUGCCAGUUGAAUAAACAUUCGCUGAUCGUCCAUCAUGUAUGCCAGGGACAGACACAAAGCUGGAUGAGACAACCAGAUGUUCGCCAUCCAGCCAGGGCUACCUGAGGGGGGGCAAUUCCUGGGGGACCCGCCUCCUGGAGUAUGUCAGCCCGAGCUCCAACCAGACAGCAACUCCAACUUCAUGGCUAGUGCCAAGGAUGCUAAUGAGAAUUGGCAUGGGAUGCCAGGCAGAGUGGAACCGAUCCUGAUGAGGAGCUCCUCUGAGUCACCCUCUGACAACCAGGCCUUCCAGGCCCCUGGGUCCCCUGAGGAAGGGGUGCGCAGCCCCCCAGAGGGGGCAGAGAUUCCCGGGGCUGAGCCUGAGAAGAUUGGUGGUGCUGGCACAGUCUGCUCCCCUCUGGAGGACAACGGCUAUGCCAGCAGUUCCCUGAGCAUCGACAGCCCUAGCAGCAGUCCUGAGCCUGCCUGUGGGACUCUGAGAGGCCCUGGCCCUCCUGAUCCCCUUCUGCCCUCAGUGGCCCAGGCCGUGCAGCACUUGCAAGCUCAGGAGCGCUACAAAGAGCAGGAGAAGGAAAAGCACCACGUGCACUUGGUGAUGUACCGUCGCCUGGCACUGCUGCAGUGGAUCCGGGGCCUGCAGCAUCAGUUGAUUGAUCAGCAGGCCCGACUGCAGGAGAGCUUCGACACCAUCCUAGACAACCGGAAGGAGCUUAUUCGCUGUCUCCAGCAGAGGGCAGCACCAUCCAGGCCCCAGGACCAGGGCUAAGGGUGUGCCUCCACAAGUGUGCAAGGGUAUGUGUGUAUAUUUGCAGGCAUGUGCGAGGUUGUGCCCUAGUAAGUACAUAAUUAUUUGCUGGCAUGAUUGCAGGUAGGCAUGAGUGUGAACGUGCUAACAUGUAGGCAAGUGUGUAUAGGCAUGUGUGAAUAAGCAUGUAUAAAUGAGCUUAAGUGCUGUGUGUACAUGUGUACACACAAGCUAACUUAUCUGCAGACCUACAUGUAAGUGUGUAACAGUGAACAUAUGUGUGUGUAGUAUGUAAGAAGAAUGAAGAAAUCUGUAUAUGUGUGUGUAGACAGGUACCCAGCAGUAUGUGUAUGUGCACAUGAGUGAGGAUGUAUAUGCAGAAUAUGUGUGUGUGUAUGAGUGGGUUUGAGCGUGCAGGCUUGUGUUGGGUGUACGGGAGGGAGCCCUCGUGUGCAGGGGUGCAUGGGUGGGGGCGCAGGCGUGCAUGGGUGGGGGCGCAGGCAUGGGAAGUAUAAGGAGCAUGUGUGUUUGCAGGCAGACUCAUGAGCAAGUGUGUGCAAAUAUAUAUCCAGCGGUACCUGUGGAGUGUCCAUCCACACUUUGUGUCCCUCGUGGUCUACCCCAGCCUUUCUUCUCCACUGGAUCCACUAGACAGAGGGCUAGCAUGCUGUCAUUUAUCUGAGGGUUGUGGCUGAUCUGUUCUCCUGGGAUUUACAGGCCACCUCUCCUCUCCUUUUCCCUCACUAAACCCAGACUUGCUGAGCUAUGGCUAUUUUCCCUGAUGUUGGCUUUGCUGUAGGAGGUUUAGUGGCUACUCUGGCCUGCCAUGGCAUUUUGGCUGCAAUUUUGUCAGGCAGUGGGCAGAGAACUGGUGUCAGGAAGGGGAACUGGGACUAGUGAUGGAGAUGAUGGUGGUGUUGGGGACAGAGAAGGACAUAGGGGACUGUCCCUCUUGAACGCUGCCUUUGGGCACAUGGGAGAUGGGGACAAGGGAGAUGGUAAUAGUGGAACCCUGUGAAGAACAGGAGAAUGGGAAUUCUAAAAUACUAGUUCCCAAACCACCUCUCCAUUGGGAAAGGAGCUGUGGCAAACCCUGUUGAUUUAAGCUUCUGAUGAAAAGCAAUGUACGUGUAUAAGUUUGCAAGUAACAGGCACGAUGUUCCAAGGCUGAUGAGGAAAAUAUCACUUCCCUGUCUGUGCCUCUACCUUGCUGUGCCUCUCUGGCUUUAGCAGCAUUGGAUGUCGAAUUGGUUUGGUCCAUUUCUCUGAAGUCGGACGCUCAAGAUGAGCCAGAGGUUGGCUUUCUGGGACAGGAAGGGGACGGUGUCAACCUAAACCUCUGGAAAUGCUUAGGACGCUGAGUUUUAACCCCUUCUUUCACUGCAUGGCCCUUCAGACAGGGAUUGGUGGGCUGCAGGAGUUACAGAGUGGGUGAGUCUUAGAAUCAACGCGUCAGGUAGCUGAGCUCUCUGCUUUGUUCCUGGGAGCCAAGCGAAUGCAGGAUCCUGGUGGGUGAGCAGUGGUAUGAAGAGGGGACACUGACGAGUGAACAGUGGCAUGGAAGUCACUGAUGCAGCCUCUGGCCCUCAGUCUCCCUGUCGGCAAAGUGGGAGAGCUCUUCCUGUCUAUCUCUAAAGAGUUUUGUCCGUGAUAGGUGGGUGGGCGAAAGGUCCAGGGAGCAGCGGUGAGGGGUGGGCCCUGAAGACUUUUUGUCUGUAGCUCUUGCAUAUCGAGUGUGUAAACCCAGCCUUUGGACCAACCCAGAAUGAAUAAACUGGGCAGAGAAUUAAA